AUGGCCAUUGAAAACUACACGAGGGUCACCGAAUUCAUUUUCACAGGUUUGAAUUACAACCCCCAAUUGCAGGUCUUCCUCUUCCUGCUCUUCCUGAGUUUCUACCUCAUCAAUCUAACUGGAAACUUGGGUAUGAUUAUUCUGAUUCGGGUUGAUUCCCGCCUUCACACACCCAUGUACUUUUUCCUAAGCCAUUUGUCUUUUGUGGACAUCUGCUUCUCCUCUGUUGUGAGCCCCAAGAUGCUCACUGACUUCUUUGUAAAGAAGAAGGUCAUCUCUUUCUUGGGCUGUGCUUUGCAACAGUGGUUUUUUGGGUUCUUUGUGGCAGCAGAGUGUUUUCUCCUGGCAUCCAUGGCCUAUGACCGCUAUGUGGCCAUCUGCAACCCAUUACUGUAUUCCGUUGCCAUGUCCCAGAGACUCUGUAUCCAGCUAGUGGUUGGUCCCUACGUCAUCGGGUUCAUGAACACCAUGACCCAUACAACGAAUGCAUUUCGUCUUCCUUUUUGUGGCCCCAAUGUCAUUAAUCAUUUCUUCUGUGAUAUGUACCCCCUGCUUUCCCUUGUAUGUGCUGACAGCUGGCUUACUAAGUUGGUAGUUUUUGUCAUGGCUGGAGCUGUGGGAGUCUUCAGUGGUCUGACUAUUGUGGUCUCCUACAUUUACAUCCUCAUUGCCGUCAUGAAGAUCCACUCUGCCAAGGGGAGGCGCAAAGCCUUUUCUACUUGUUCUUCUCACCUGACGGCUGUCUCCAUCCUAUAUGGUACUCUUUUCUCUAUUUAUGUACGGCCUAGUGCAAGUUUCUCGCUGGAUCUCAAUAAAGUGGUGUCGGUGUUUUACACAGCAGUGAUCCCCAUGUUGAACCCGCUUAUCUACAGCUUGAGGAACAAGGAGGUCAAAGAUGCCAUCCACAGGACUGUUCCUAGGAAGAAGUUUUGUAGGGCCUAA